AUGAAAGUUCUUGUUAAACAAUUAAUGAGUAAAUCAUUAUUUACUAUUAAUUUAGAUACAACUUUAGAUGUUGCCUUAAAAAGUUUAAAUGCCAAUUCAAUUCAUAGAUUACCAGUAGUUGACAAUGACGGUAAUCUAAAAGGAAUUAUCACAGAUAGAGAUUUAAGAUUAGCAACUGAUUCACCAUUUCUUCCAGAGAAUAAUGAAGAUAGAUUGGAAAAAUUAAGACUUCACAAAGUUUCUUCUAUUAUGAAACAAAAUCCAGUUACUAUCGAAGAUUUUUCUCCAGUUGUAGAGGCAGCAAAAUUAAUGAGAGUUACAAAUGUAGGAGGAUUACCCGUAUUAGAUAAAAAAGGUCGUUUAAUUGGAAUGGUAACAAGAUCUGACCUAUUGGACUUAUUAAUUAAAGUUUUAGAGCCAGUACCACCACAAAGUUAA